CAGGGACAGCAAGCGCGUCGGCGAAAAUGUCCUUGCUGCCAUUCACGCGUCCCGCAGUGCUCAACCAUGAACUUGUCGCUCGUUGACCCUUUUGUCCUCGCCCAGGACUGCCCCGAGGUCAUCACCGGCCGCCUACGCAGCGGGCACUCGACAUCGAUCCGCUUCAGCCACCGCGGCGACCUGCUCGCCUCGGGACGUCACGAUGGUAUAGUCGUCGUCUUCGACAUCGAGACCAACGGCGUCGCCCGCAAGCUGCGCGGCCACACACGCCAGGUCCAGUCGCUCAGCUGGUCCACCAACGACCGCUACCUCCUCAGUGCUGGCCAGGACUGGAAGUGCGUCCUGUGGGACCUCAAUGAUGGCUCCCGCGUGCGUACCGUCCGCUUCGAAGCCGCCAUCUUCAUUGCAGAGCUGCACCCGAAGAACCACAUGCUCUUCGUGGCUGCCCUCUUCGAAGACCAGCCCGUCAUUGUCGACAUGUCCGCCGAGAUACCCGUCAAGCACACCAUCGCCUCUGCACCACGCCGCUCCCAGGUCGAACGCGACAACACGUCGGAAAAGCAGACAGCCCAGGAUGCAAAGCAGACAACCACCAUGACUCUCUUCACUCCGUCGGGCGAACACAUCAUCGCAGGAACAAACAAGGGCUGGCUCAACAUCAUCGAUGCGACGACGCACCAAGUCCAGUAUUCAUACAGGGCCACCAACAACAUCAUCGUUUACAUUCGUCUGACCCCAUCUGGGAGAGAUCUGGUAGUAAAUUCUAGCGACAGGAUUGUGAGGACGCUCCAUCUGCCCGAUUUCAGCGAUCCAAAGCUAGACUUUGACACUCUCCAAUUUGAAGUCGAGCACAAGUUUCAGGAUCUCGUGCAAAGACUCUCGUGGAACCACGUUUCCUUCAGCCCAACCGGCGAGUACGUCACAGCCUCCACCUGGAUGAACCACCACAUAUAUGUCUGGGAACGUAGACAGGGCAGUCUGGUCAAGAUCCUCGAAGGCACAAAGGAAGAGAUUUCAGUGGUCGAGUGGCACCCUCUACGUCCCUUUGUCGCUGCUGUCGGUGUAGACUCGGGUCGCAUCUGGCUCUGGUCCAUCCCACAGCCCCAACGCUGGUCCGCCCUCGCCCCCGACUUUGUCGAAGUCGAAGAAAACGUCGAGUACAUUGAGCGCGAAGACGAAUUCGACAUCCAGCCUCUCGAAGAGCUCCAUAAGCGGCGUCUCGAUCAGGAAGAUGAGGAGGUCGACGUCUUGACCAUCGAACCCAUCAAGGCAUUGACCACCGACAAAGGCAUCUCCAUCCGCGAGGUCGAAUUCAGAAUGCCCGUGUUGUUGGACAUCGAGGCGAGUGACAGCGAAGACGAAGUGGUUGCUGUUGGAGCCGGUCAGUUUAGGCGCAGAAGUCCCGGAGCCGGUCGAGAGUGGAUGAACGACGACGAGGUGGCUGUCAGCGGCGACGAAGCAAGAAGAGCUAACGGGAACGCAGUACAAAACGGCACCAAGAGGCGACGAGCAGGCUGAUCACCUCUUGAAAAUGGGAGGUAUUAUUGGAUCGCAGCAACGCAUUAUAAAGUCCGGUUUUCCGCUUUUCCUUCAUGCGAAAAUAGUCAUCAAUGCACCAGUGCGUUCGGCGCUCAAAAUGCAACACAUUAUCGCUACUUUACCAACGCGAAUCAAUUCUCUCCUGCCGUCCUACCGUUUCGUGA